AUGGUGGCUACGACCAAGUUCACUUCUCUCGUCGGUAGCGUGACGCUCGCGCUGGUUGUGGCUAGCUCGUUGAACGCCGCACCGGUGCUGGUGAGGCGCGACGAUGCGGCUGCGCCGGCGGGGUACAUCAGUGUGGCACAGCCGCAGAUGACCGAACAGGACAUCUAUGCGGUUGGAAUCCCCGAUGCUCCAGCUGCUACGCCAGCGGGUGCGACGUUCGCACAGGUGAUCCAGGCGGCCGCGGAGGCUGCACUGGCCAAGUCGAACCAGACCAUGAACGCGGUCAACACGUACGACCCCACUCCGGCACCGGCUGGUGCGGCCCAGACGCAGUCGCAGGUGGCUCCCGAGUCGAAUGUCGCUGCGGCACCGAAUGCGGAUGCGGUGCUGGCGGGUAAUCCGGAUCAGGGACAGGCGUUUCAGCAGGUGAUUGGAAAUUUGGCCGGUGCGGCACAGGUGGCAGAGGGCGAUAAGGGGUUGAAGGGAAACCCGGACGAGGGCGACGAGUAUAGGCAGGUGAUCGCACAGCAGAUGGCACAGCUCGGUCAGAAGGCGCGACGUGCCAUGCAAGACGCGGUCUGGGAAGCAAGACAGAUCCCGCCCCCGCUGGCUUCGGCCGGUGCACCUACAGCAGCACCCAGUACAGCGAGUGUGACGGAUGCAGUGGGAGAUGCGCCCGACGCCGUCACUGGUGUAACUGACACCGCGACUGGUGCCACCAGCACGACUGCUGCGACCGAUGCGGCCACUGGUGUGACCGACACCGCGGCUGGUGUGGCGAGCACCGCGGCUGGUGACACCAGCACGACGGCGGUGACUGAUGCGGCGGGCGAUGUGCCGGUGGCAGCACCAGUGCCGAGCGAUUACGCCUCGCCUCCCGCCCCCAUCCCUUCGAGCAACGCUGCUGUGCCCGGUGUGCCUGCUCCUGCGGUACCCAGUCUGCCGUCAGCAUCAAGCGUGCCUUCUGCGCCUGCAGUGCCGACCUCAGGACUUCCCACAUCGGGCCUCCCCACCUCUGGUGUGCCCAGUGUGCCCACUUCUGGCCUGCCCACGAGUGCACUUCCCACCGGAGCUGUGCCCAGUGCACCAGCUGUGCCCUCUGCGUCUGUCCCUGCCCUUCCCGGCCUCGGCGGCGGAUUGAAGGACUCCGACGCCGGAGCUACGACUGUCAACCCAUCAAGCCCCUCUGCCUCGCCAACAGGUGACCUUACCAUGACGGUUACACUGCCGUCCACGGCCAUGCCUACAUCGCUGGGAGAUCUGGCGAAUAUCAAGGCCAACGCCAACGCAAACGCGGACGCGAUCAACGAGUGGAAGACCAUGACCAUCCUCGUUCCCGCCGAGGCAUUUGGUGGAUCCCCCAGUCGCGCAGCCUCAGUAUCUGCUGCAACCUCAACCGCCGUCUCUUCAUCAGCUCUGGCUUCGAGCAAGGUGAUUUCGAGUACGGAAGAUGCAAAGGUGACUUCUACCGCGUCGGCGAUUGUAGCUGUUCCUACCGACCCCAUCAAUCUGUCGUCGUUCUCAGCGCUGAAGCCGCAAGCUACGGGCGUGCUGACGAUCCCGUUGACGGGGAUCAUUGAUGGGACGACGUAUUCGACCAUGCUUACACUCACCAUCCCCGGUGUAGCUACCGAGACCGCCAAGAUCCCUGCAACGGCAACGGCGUCGGCGUCGGACAAGGCUGCAACUGCCACUGCCAAACCUAGCAUUACAGCGGCGCCGUCAAAGACGUCCUCCGCCCCACAGUCGGUUAAAACCACUUCGUCCGUCGAUCCAAGCUAUAUCCAUCCUGAUGAUAUUCCGCCGCUGCUCAAGAGCUCGAUGCAAGCCACACCCACCUCUGCACCCAACCCUACCUCAACCCCAACCGCCGAUGGGGACGAUGAAGACUGCGAAGAUGUCGACGAAACCGACACGGCGCAACCCAAAUCGCUGCUCACAAAGGUCUGGGAUUGGAUGUCCGGCAAACCCCUCGACGAACGCGACUUUGAAGACGACUACGAAGACGUCGACUUCGAAGAGUACUACGACGCCCAAGAGUAA